AUGCACCUUCGGUAUUACCUCGAUGCUGACGGCCGUCGCGUGUACACAAUGAAGUUUGUCGAUCCUGAUGGAAAGCCGACCCAGUCCGCGCAUCCAGCUCGCUACUCCCCCGACGACAAGUACUCCGAACAGCGCGUCAUGCUGAAGAUGCGGUUCAACAUUCUCCCAACUCAGCAACCCCCAGUUACUUACUAA